AAAUAAAAUAUAUAUAUAUAUAUAUAUAAUAAAUUCAAAAACAAGUAAUAGAUACCUGAAAAUAAUUCAUCUACUGUGAUUAUCAGCCUCUCCUUUAACUGUUCACUUAGAAUAUUUUCUGCUUUUUGAUUUUUAGAAGACGGAGACCUGAAGCAAAGAAAUCUGUAUCACAAAAAAGUAUUCAAGGGUCAUGCAAGCCAACUGUAGCCAAUUGCAAAGAGCUGCAGGCAGUGAGGCUGCCUCAGCCUCCCAAAGUGUCCACACAAGAUUGACAGAAGGUUCUGGUCUUCAUUCUGGAGAUGUGCAUAUCCAGAUUAACUCCACACCUAAAGAAUGUGCUGAAAAUCUAAGCUCCAGAAAUAUAAGGUCAGGUGUCCAUAGCUGUACCCAUGGAUGUGUACAGAGUCACUCACGGAAUCAGUCCCGUAACCAAGCAAGGCAGCCUGGUGAUACUUCCAUGGAGUCUGGAGAUCAUGGUAGUAGCUCCUACUCAGAAUUCCGAUAUCUCUUCAAGUGGCUGCAAAAGAGUCUUCCAUAUAUUUUGAUUCUGGGUGUCAAACUUGUUAUGCAGCAUAUAACAGGAAUUUCUCUUGGAAUUGGACUGCUUACAACUUUUAUGUAUGCAGACAAAAGCAUUGUAAAUCAAGUUUUUCUAAGAGAAAGGUGCUCAAAGAUUCAGUGUGCUUGGUUACUGGUAUUCUUAGCAGGAUCUUCUGUUCUUUUAUAUUACACCUUUCAUUCUCAGUCACUUUAUCUCAGCUUAAUUUUUUUAAAUCCUACUUUGGACUAUUCGAGCUUCUGGGAAGUACUUUGGGUUGUUGGAAUUACAGAUUUCAUCCUGAAAUUCCUCUGCAUGGGCUUAAAAUGCCUUAUUUUAUUGGUGCCUUCUUUCAUCAUACCUUUUAAAUCCAAGGGUUACUGGUACAUGCUUUUAGAAGAAUUUUGUCAGUAUUACCGAACUUUUGUUCCCGUACCAGUUUGGUUUCGUUACCUUAUAAGCUAUGGGGAGUUUGGUAAUAUAACAAGGAGGAGUCUUGGAAUAUUGCUGGCUUUACUCUACCUCAUACUAAAACUUUUGGACUUUUAUGAACAUCUAAGAAAUUUCAGACAGGUUUUGAGAAAAUUUUUUACACGACCAAGUUAUGGAGUGGCUGCCAGCAAGAGACAGUGUUCAGAUGUGGAUGAUAUUUGUUCAAUAUGUCAAGCUGAAUUUCAAAAGCCAAUUCUUCUCAUCUGUCAGCAUAUAUUUUGUGAAGAGUGCAUUACCUUAUGGUUUGACAGAGAGAAAACAUGUCCGCUGUGCAGAACUGUGAUUUUAGACCAUAUAAACAAAUGGAAAGAUGGAGCUACUUCAUCAGACUUCCAGAUAUAUUAAGUUGUAUAAACUGUUAAAGCCACAAAACACUUGUGUUGUAGUCCAGUUUAUCACGAUUGUUCAACCUAAUGCCUAUGCGACAUUUAUUCUAUCCUAAUCAUUUGACAGAUGAUUGCAGUGUUAAAUUAUGUUUUCUUGUUAAUUUUACCAAAAAAGCAAUUGGAUAACUAGAACCAGUUCUUAGAGGAACUCAGGUAUUCUUUCCUGACAUUGUUUUCAGAAUAAAGAAUAUUUUUAAUAUUUUAAGAUACACAUUAUCUGAAAGUCGAAUUUUCUUUUGCAUUGACUUUUAUAUUUCCAAUAAUAAAAAUUCUUAAAAUUUUCAUAAAAGUUGUAUUUUUAAAUGAACAUUCUAAAUGCUAUAUUUUACUUGUAACAGAUUUUCUAAGUGAAGAUUUACUGAGGGUGAUGUAUUUUAAUAUUGUGUUAUUCUCUAUAGUAUGAUUAGCAAUCAAUGAGAAAUACAUGAUUUAAAUGUAUUGUUUGUUGACCUCAUACAUACAAUCCUGCCAUCGGUUUUAAUGUUUGUGAUCUUGCUUUUUGUAUAGUGCCAUGGACUAUCUUGAAGUACCUAUUAAAAUAAUUCACAUGGAUUACAAAUA